GGGAGAAGGAGCCCAUCGUCGGGAAAGUGUCCCAAGGCGCCGGCCGACUCUUCCCCUGACCGCGGGCCUAGGCCGGGCAGCAGAUCAACGAGCUGAGCAAUGUUCCUGUCCCGGUCAUGCUCAUGCCGGAUGACUUCAAAGCCUACAGCAAGAUCAAGGUGGACAAUCACCUCUUCAAUAAGGAGAACCUCCCCAGCCGCUUCAAGUUCAAGGAGUACUGCCCCAUGGUGUUCCGCAACCUUCGCGAGCGCUUCGGCAUCGACGACCAGGACUACCAGAACUCGGUGACGCGCAGCGCCCCCAUCAACAGUGACAGUCAGGGCCGCUGUGGCACGCGAUUCCUCACCACUUACGACCGCCGCUUUGUCAUCAAGACUGUGUCCAGUGAGGACGUGGCCGAGAUGCACAACAUCCUGAAGAAAUACCACCAGCUCAUCGUGGAGUGUCACGGCAGCACCCUCUUGCCACAGUUCCUGGGCAUGUACCGCCUGACCGUGGAUGGCGUGGAGACCUACAUGGUGGUCACCAGGAAUGUGUUCAGCCACCGGCUUACCGUGCACCGCAAGUACGACCUCAAGGGCUCUACUGUCGCCAGAGAAGCGAGUGACAAGGAGAAGGCCAAGGACUUGCCCACGUUCAAAGACAACGACUUCCUCAAUGAGGGGCAAAAGCUGCACGUGGGAGAGGAGAGCAAAAAGAACUUCCUGGAGAAGCUGAAGCGGGACGUGGAGUUCCUGGCGCAGCUGAAGAUCAUGGACUACAGCCUGCUGGUGGGCAUCCACGACGUGGACCGCGCCGAGCAGGAGGAGGUGGAGGUGGAGGAGCGGGCAGAGGACGAGGAGUGCGAGGAUGGGGCCGGCGGCCUGCUCUGCUCCUACGGGACGCCGCCCGACAGCCCCGGCAACCUGCUCAGCUGUGCCCGCUUCUUCGGGCCCGGGGACUUCGACCCCUCUGUUGACGUCUAUGCCGUGAAGAGCCACGAAAGUGCCCCCAAAAAGGAGGUUUACUUCAUGGCCAUCAUCGACAUCCUCACGCCGUACGACGCCAAGAAGAAAGCCGCGCAUGCUGCCAAAACGGUGAAGCACGGGGCGGGGGCCGAGAUCUCAACUGUGAACCCCGAGCAGUACUCCAAACGCUUCAACGAGUUCAUGUCCAACAUCCUGACGUAGUUACCUGAGACUCUGGCCAGAGCCCGAGUGGAGAUCGGGCUGGGAGAGGGCGAGGGAGAGGUGUCGGGGUGCAGGGAGGGUGGGACAGAGGGGUGACGCUGCAGCCUGGGACACUGCUCCGGCCGCGUGCUCACACGCACAAGUGGCCCUUACCUUCUGCUAGCCCUCGAUUCGCCCCCCCAUCUUGGUACCUUGUCACCUUUAAGACACCUUGGGCUACAGUGACUCGGGGUUUGUUGGGCUUUGGAUUCGAAAGUGUCACCGAUCCGGGUUUGCUCUUACUCACCACCUGUGUCAUCACCCG